AUGAGCGGCUCCGGUGAAACCGACCUCUACGAGGUCCUCGGCAUCGAGCGAGGCGCAAGCAAAUCCGAAGUCAAGAAGGCCUACCACAAGGCCGCAUUAUCCUCACACCCCGACAAAGUUUCCGAGGACGAGCGCGAGGCUGCCGAAGCCCGUUUCAAGGCCGUCUCCCAAGCCUACGAAAUCCUGUUCGAUGACGAGAAGCGCGAGGUAUACGACAUGCACGGCAUGUCCGCCUUCGACGGCAGCCGGCCCGGUCCGGGCGGCAUGGGCGGCGGCGACGUAGACCUCGACGACCUGCUGUCGCAGAUGUUCGGCAUGGGCGGCGGCAUGGGCGGCAUGCCGGGAAUGGGAGGGAUGGGCGGCGGAGGAGGACCACGCCGGCCGCGCAAGGGCAAGGACGAGGUGCAAGAGUACGAGGUCACGCUGGAGGAGCUGUACAAGGGCAAGACGACGCGGUUCGCGAGCACUAAGAACGUCAUCUGCGAGACGUGCAAGGGCUCGGGCGGAAAGGACAAGGCGAAGCCGCACGACUGCUCGGUAUGCGCCGGCCAAGGCUCGACGCUUCGGAUUCAGACUAUUGGCGGCAUGCUCAGCCAAGUCACGACCCAGUGCGCCAACUGCAGCGGCUCUGGCAAGGUGUUCAAGGACAAGGAAAAGUGCAAGAAGUGCAAGGGCAAGCGCGUCGUCGAGAAGCGCAAGAUCCUCGAGCUCUACAUCCCCCGCGGCGCCCGCGAGGGCGAGCGCAUCGUGCUCGCCGGCGAGGCCGACCAGCAGCCCGACCAAGAGCCCGGCGACAUCGUCUUCGAGCUCGUCGAGAAGGAGCACCCCGUCUUCCGUCGCGCCGGCGCCGACCUGGCCGCCGACCUGCACGUCACCCUCGCCGAGGCGCUGACCGGCUUCCACCGCGUUGUCCUGGCCCACCUGGACGACCGCGGCAUAUCCCUCAAUGUCAAGCAGCCCCAGGGCAAGAUCCUCCGGCCUGGUGAGGUGUUCAAGGUGCCUGGUGAGGGCAUGCCUAUCAAGAAGAGCGACGCUCGGGGUGAUCUGUACCUCGUUGUCCAGAUCAAGUUCCCCGAGGACGGCUACAUUCAGGACGAGGCCGCGCUGAAGAAGAUCAGGGAGCUGCUCCCCGGACCUGAGCCGGCGAUUAAGGCUGACGACGUCGAGGACGUCGAGUUCGAGGCUGAUGUCGAUCUGGAUGACUUCGGAGCCAACUCGGACGACCCGCGUGCCGCAAACGCUUGGGAGGAUGAUGAUGAUGACAUGGAGGGUGGUCCUCAGUGCGCUACGCAGUAA